AUGCUAAAUACCAUCCAACCCACUUAUCAUCUGAAAUUAAGUCCUUUGGGAAUGAUGACAAGAGUGAUAAUAAAAGCGGUAACUAAGUAUCGUGAUGUCAAAUGGAUAACUCCUUUUUGGAUUUUCUUAAGGAUUGAUGUUGAUGACAGGUCCUUGGAUCAUCUUGGUACAAUUGGAUUUAGGAGUCUUAAAGAACCAUGCUGGUUAUUGAAUUUCUGGUUUUGUGGAAUCGCAUAUAGUCUAAUAUGUCUUGAGUUAAUUGGAAUUGCUAAUGGCUUGAAUUUUGCUUGGAAGCCAAGCCAUAAAAGUUUUGUUAUUGAAUAUGAUUCGAAAUCUGCCGGGGAAUUAAUCGGGGUGGGAGAUCAGUUGUGUCACUCAUAUGCUCCUUGA